AUGACCAAGACAGGAGAUCGCGAGAUGGGCCGAGAACCCACUUCCGAGGAGCAGGAGCCUCCGGUCUACGAGCAGGGUGUCAACUCGCCCUCGCGCUCAGGCGCCGCUGACAUCGCCGAGGCGCUCGAAGUGGAAGAGAUCGACGAUGACCUGUACAAGUCGCUGACGCUCUGGAAGCCCGCACGCGCCCGCGGUGUGUUUGGCGGCCAGGUGAUUGCGCAGGCCGUGGCGGCAUCCAACAAGACCGUCCGAGAGGGCAUGCUUCUUCACUCGCUCCACAGCUACUUCCUGCUAGCGGGAGACGAGACGCGGCCCAUCAUCUAUCACGUCACGCGCGUCCGCGACGGUGGCUCGUACGUCACGCGAUCCGUCAACGCGACCCAGCGAGGCAGGAGCAUCUUUACCAUCAUCCUCAGCUAUCAGAAGCCCGAACCGCACCAGCCGUUCUUUGCCAUCCCCACGCCGUCGCUCGAUGCAGACGGUCGGUCGCUCCUCGAAUCCAUCACUGGCUCGCAUGCGACGGGCAACCACUCGGCCAAGUCGAUCAACUUCCGCGCUCUCCCAGGGCCGCUCGAUUGCCCGCUGAAUGAGCAUCGAUACCAGGAGGUGCUCAAGCAUGGUAAUCCGGACGCCCGCGUGCGCAAGGUGCUCGAGGGCUGGAUCAGCGAUCGUCAAGCCUCACCUGUCGAGAUCCGCGACGCCCUGCCGGGGAUGUACGACCACAACGGAAUUCCUACUCCCGGCAACCAGCAGGCAUUCUGGAUGCGAACCCGCAGACCGAUGAGCGGAGGCCUCGAGGCUCAAAAGGUCGCCCUCGCCUACGCCUCGGAUUUCUACCUACUCAGCACUGUACCCAAGGCACUCAACAACAGCAGACGCAUCAAGAUGAUGGCCAGUCUCGACCACAGCAUGUGGUUCUACCAGCCAUUCGAGGUACAUGAAUGGCUCCUCUUUGUCAUGCAGACACAGGCAGCUUCCAAUGGUCGCGGCGUCGUGAUCGGACGCAUCUACCGCGAGGACGGCACACUCGUCGCAGUCGUCUCCCAAGAAGGCCUCGUGCGUGGCAACGAUCCAAAACCUGCCAAGCUCUAA